GGUUCUCCAUCUCAAGAGGCACAAACAAGAGCAAGCUCAGUGCCCAACAGCCCCUCGCCGGACUCUCUCCCACAGAGAGGAACUCGGCCCCAAGCCCCGGAGACCCGCGCAGGCCGCCUCCGGAGGAGCCCCCGCAGACGCCAUACUAAAAGCCAAAAUGGCUGCCCCAAGGAAGCCCGCACAGCGCAGCUAGUGAGGGCUGGGUAACAAGCGUCUGCGGGAAGGGGGGAGGGGGGCUAGAGGAAGAGCCGUAGCCAGGACCAUCGCCCCCCGAGCCGCACAGCCAGGAGCUGUAACAUGUUGCUGUACUUUACUGUGAAAUUCAGUAAAACAAAAAGUGCUCCUGGGCAAAGGGCAGCCAAGCAGUCCACCUGAAAGGCUCUGUGUUUACCCUGACACCUGAUCGGAACAAGAAUGAUACUAAAUUCAGAUGCGUGUCUGAAAACUUGCCUUGGACAGCAUUUGCUGGGUUCUGGUUACAGCUACCCCUCGCCAUAACUUUUGAACUAUAUUUGGAAAAAUACUGGCCAGAAAAAAAAAUGAUAAAAUUUUUCCUCAUGGUGAAUAAACAAGGGCAGACCCGACUUUCUAAGUACUAUGAACAUGUGGAGAUUAAUAAGCGUACGCUUCUGGAAACAGAAGUCAUAAAGAGCUGUCUCUCUCGAUCCAGUGAACAAUGCUCUUUCAUUGAAUAUAAGGAUUUUAAGCUGAUAUAUCGGCAGUAUGCAGCUCUCUUCAUUGUGGUCGGAGUUAAUGACACUGAGAAUGAGAUGGCAAUUUAUGAAUUCAUCCAUAACUUCGUGGAAGUUUUAGACGACUACUUCAGCCGAGUGAGUGAAUUAGAUAUAAUGUUUAAUUUGGAUAAAGUACACAUCAUUUUGGAUGAGAUGGUGUUAAAUGGCUGCAUUGUGGAAACGAAUCGGGCAAGAAUUCUUGCCCCUCUACUAAUUCUUGAUAAGAUGUCAGACAGCUGAAAACAAAGGCUCUGCCACACAACAUCGACCUAUAGAAAAUGAGGACACCAUGGAAUACCUCUCAACAUCACUAGCCCAAAAGAAUGUGGAAGACCAAACACUACAAAAUGGGCUGUCCUUCCAAAGACAUUUUAAAUAGGUGUUUUCCACAGUUCCUAAACGGAAAACAAAACUGUAUUUUAAAACAUGAUGCACAAAGAAAAUUUUUCUCUAAACGGAGAGACAAGUUUUAUUUUCUGACCAUAAGCAUUUUUUUCCUCACUUGUUUGUUUAGAUUUUGUGGAGUACUGAGGGAAACUCUUUUGGUUUCUGCUUCCCUUUGCAAAGGGAUAAAUUCAGGAAUAGCAUCAUGGGGUGGGAAGAAAAUGUGGCACCUCUCUAUUGGCCAAUAAACUUUUAAAAUUGACUUGAA